ACAUCUGGGGAAAAAAAAAAUGGAGACAAGCUUCACGGGGCCUGUCACAAUCAAAAAAGGAAAAUACUCCCGAAAGCUGCAGAAAGGAAAGGAGAAGAGAUGGCUGCAGCCGAUCCCGAUAGCCAGCCUUGCAGACUGCACUCAGCCUGAGGCAGAAAAGAUCAGCUCCCUGCAGGACAUGGAAGAAGACAUCGGCCUGAAGAAGCGUAAAGGUGAUCACCAUGGAGAGAAAGAGCUGCACACGGGCCAAGAAACGGGCGAAAAGGUCAAAAGGAAGAGAGGACGCCCACCGGCUGAGAAGCUGCCUCCAAAUCCACCCGAGCUCACCAAGACACUGAACACUCUGGUGGAUAUGGUCGUCAACUACAAGGACGGGCUGGGACGACAGAUCAGUAAAGGUUUUGUGCAGCUUCCCUCUAAGAAAGAAGUACCGGAGUAUUACGAGCUAAUCCGAAAGCCUGUGGAUUUCAGGAGGAUAAGAGAGCGUGUUCGUAACCACAAGUACAGAACCGUUGGGGAUUUGGAAAAGGACGUCUUCCUUCUAUGUCACAAUGCACAGACUUACAACCUGGAGGGAUCCCAGAUCUACGAGGAUUCUAUCGUCAUCAAAUCGGUUUUCGAGAGCGCUAGGCAGAGAAUUGUCGCGGACGAACAGCGAAAGGAGACUGUUGGCGCCGCUCACGGCAAUCAUGGCGGAGGAGCUGAAGACCAGUUCGUCCAAUCAGUGACUCCAUUACCAGUUCAGAUAAAGAAGGAGGAUAGAAGCAUAACUACUGUAGCCAAGAGCCUCCACAGUGAUUUCGACAGUGAAGAGGAUCCAGACAACAACACAAAAGAUCAGGGUUGAAAAGAAAGACCCUCCCAUUUUUUACACAUAUUCUUGUUCAUGCCUUUUCUCUGCCACAUCCCUUUCAUUUUAUUAUUAUUUUUUUAUUAUUAUUCAAAGAAUGGUCCUAAAAAAAAAAAAAAUAAAAGUGGAGAAACCACUCAAAGACUAGCACUUACGAAGCUACGCAUUUUUUUUUUUUUUUUUGUUCUUCCCCCUCCGUUUCAGAUGACUAACACGUUGCUGCACAGACUGCUGUCUCUUUCCUUUUUCACUAUUCUCUUCCAAAUAAUCGCUCACGUUUCAUCUGCUUCAGUCCCUGCGAUUUCUUUCACGGUUUAUGUGUAAAAGACAGAUUUCGAUGACUGUUUCUAAUCGGGAUGUUUGAUUGUAUGAAGCGUCUUCAUUGUGUAUUCGGAGCAUGAUAUUUAAUCCGGCUCCUCCUGAGGAGCCCCGGGCGCCUGUGUGUUCGAGUUUACAGAAUUGAAGCACACACUGAAGACUUUGUAAAGAAAUUGUAACAAAAUGAGCAUAAUACAUUUGUGUAAAAUACGUGGGGAUUUUUAAAAUAACGUAUCUUUAAUAACAAUAAUAAAAAAAAAAUAGAGGUAGAGCAUAGUGGGAAUAAAAAUGUGGGCCUAGAGAUGCACCGAUUAAAACUGUCCUGCAAAGUUUCUUCACCUACCAAUGUCGAUUUCUCUUUAAGACUACAAGUAUGGAUUUUACUAGCCCCCCCUGCCAUAAGUGAUCAUUAGUUAUUCAAAAUAUAGAGACAAUGUCAUGCCUCAUAUGUGAGAAAGAGGAUUUACAAAAGAAACAAACCUAGACUAAAUACAAAAAUAGCAAUUUUGCCUAGCGUUAGCAUCUUACAUUAGCCUUUAGCUUGGAUAGUAUUAAAACAUGACUUCCAAGAUAAUGUAGAUCCUUUUUUUUUGACAACAAGGUUUCCUAAAGACUGCAAUUAUUUGCAAAUUACAGACACAAGUGGAGAUCCAAAAGGGAUUAAAAACAGAACAACUCUGUCGUACUGCCUUCCUGUUCUCAAACUUUAGUGCUCUAGUGGCUUUAAUCUCAACAUGUCAUAAAAAAAAUAUAUAUAAAUACAUUUAUAUUUCAAAUAGCUCAUUAUGUCGCUGUGCUUCCUGUGAAUCUUAAACACCUCACUGAUACUUAAAAUUCUCUGAUAGGAAAUUGAGUUAGCUUAUAAUCCUUGGUCAGUAACAGCGUCCCUGCUAAGUUUGACAGUGUUGCCUGUAGGAUUGUUUUUAAGUAUGGUGUGUUCAAUGAUCAAAAAAAUAUAAAGGAUUUUUAUGUUUCCGACCAGCUCGUCAUCAGACAGGGGUGAUGAAACUGGAAAUUGGUGGGUUCGGGUCAACAGGAGAUUUCUCGGUGCAUCUCUAGUUAAAAAAAAAACAACAAAAAAAAUACACUUUU